AUGAGCAAAGUUCUGCUCCUGGGCUUGUCCCUGCUGCUCUGCUGUGCCCUGGCUCACGGCCUCAUCUGCAGGGUCUGCGAGUUCCAGGUGGGCAAGCUCUGCUUCCACUCCCGCAGCCCCUGCAAGGCGCAGGGGCAGCAAGUCUGUGAGACCACCAAGGCCUACAUUGGCAAGGUCCCGCUGUUCUCCAAGUACGGCUGCAGCCGGACCCGCGAGACCUGCAACAUGACGGAGCAGAAGGACGCCGUCUUCGAGGUCAGCUACAAUCGGACCUGCUGCGAGACAGACCUGUGCAAUGCUGCUGGCCCUGCCCGGGCAGCCGGGCUUCCCCUGCUCUCUGGGCUGGGAGCCCUGCUGGGGUGGUGGUUGCUGAAAUAA